GGGGCGACCCCGGCGUCGGCCGCCGCGGCGCCCGUCGGUGCGGCCGCCGCGGCCCCGCGGGACGUCGGCAGCGCCGCAGGCAGCGUGGCCCGCGAGCUGAGCAGCUCGGGGGACGACGCCGCCGAGGACGCGUCUGUCUGCGACGUCGGCGGGGGCGGCCUUCUCCUGCCCGUGCUGCCGGACGAGAACACUUGGAACAAGCCCGCCAGGGCCAUGCUCUACUUCGUGGGGCUCUCCUGGUGCUUCAUCGGCGUGUCCAUCGUGGCGGACAUUUUCAUGUCUGCGAUCGAGGCCAUCACCGAAAAGCGCAAGACCGUCAUCGAGCUGUCCAACGGGAG